UGGCCCCAGCUGCUUGAGGCCGCCAGUGACUCCCGAGGCCCAGGGCAAGGGACCCCACGAGAGAUCACGGCGGGGAGGCCCCCCGCCAGGCAGCCAGCGGAGCGGGCUCGCGAGGGGGGCACACGCACGCGAGGGAGCGCCCGGGGAGCGCCCGGCCGCCGCGCCACCAUGUGCGAGCUGUACAGCAAGCAGGACACCCUGGCGCUGCGGAGGAAGCACAUCGGGCCCUCCUGCAAAGUCUUCUUUGCUGCGGAUCCCGUCAAAAUAGUGCGAGCCCAGCGGCAGUACAUGUUUGACGAGCGAGGCGACCAGUACCUGGACUGCAUCAACAACGUUGCCCACGUGGGACACUGUCACCCAGAAGUGGUCAAGGCUGCCCUGGAACAGAUGGAAGCGCUGAACACGAAUUCUCGAUUCCUCCAUGACAAUAUUGUUGAGUAUGCCAGGCGCCUGUCAGCAACCCUGCCAGAGAAACUCUCCGUUUGCUAUUUUACAAACUCGGGUUGUCUUAACAGAUCUGAAGCCAAUGACUUAGCGUUACGUUUGGCUCGGCAGUUCAGAGGCCACCAAGAUGUGAUCACUCUUGACCAUGCUUACCAUGGUCACUUAUCAUCUUUAAUUGAGAUCAGCCCAUAUAAAUUCCGAAAGGGCAAAGAUGUCAAGAAAGAAUUUGUGCAUGUGGCACCAGCUCCAGAUACUUACAGAGGAAAAUACAGAGAAGACCAUGCAGACCCAGCCAAUGCUUAUGCAGAUGAAGUAAAGGAAAUUAUUGAAAAAGCUCAUAACAGUGGGAGGAAGAUUGCUGCCUUUAUUGCUGAAUCCAUGCAGAGUUGUGGCGGACAAAUAAUUCCUCCAGCAGGCUACUUCCAGAAAGUGGCAGAAUAUGUACACAGAGCAGGAGGUGUGUUUAUUGCUGAUGAAGUUCAGGUGGGCUUUGGCCGAGUUGGGAAACAUUUCUGGAGCUUCCAAAUGCAGGGCGAAGACUUUGUUCCGGACAUCGUCACAAUGGGGAAACCAAUGGGCAAUGGCCACCCAAUGGCAUGCGUGGUAACAACCAAAGAAAUCGCAGAAGCCUUCAGCAGUUCUGGGAUGGAAUACUUCAAUACGUAUGGAGGAAAUCCAGUAUCUUCUGCUAUUGGUUUGGCUGUCCUGAAUGUAAUUGAAAAUGAAGACCUUCAAGGAAAUGCCACUAGAGUGGGGGAUUAUCUUACUGAGUUACUCAAUAAACAGAAGGCUAAACACACUUUGAUAGGAGACAUCAGGGGCAUCGGCCUGUUUAUCGGAAUUGACUUGGUGAAGGACCGGCAGGAAAGGACCCCCGCCACAGAUGAAGCUCAACAUGUCAUCUACAAGAUGAAAGAAAAGCGAGUCCUUCUCAGUGCCGACGGACCUCAUAGAAAUGUGCUUAAAAUAAAACCACCUAUGUGCUUCACGGAAGAAGAUGCGAAAUUUAUGGUGGACCAACUCGAUGAGAUCCUAACAGUUUUAGAAGAAGCCAUCGGAGCCAAAAGUGAGAGUGUAAUCUCUGAGAAUACUCCAUGCAGAGCAAAGAUGCCUAACGAAGCACACUCGGAAUUGCUUGGUGAGGGCGCCUCGGACCCCAGAGAAAAUCCCGGCCAAAAGAGAAAUGGACUGUGCACAGAUAAACAUUCCCUGCUCAGUAAGAGGCUCAAGACAUGAGAGAUUAGCAUUUUAAAGCAGGAUGAGUGUCCAGGGUUAUAGAGAAUCAAUGGAAGUGUGUCUUCUGUUAGUAGCUGGAUCCUACCCUCCAAUAGUAAAAUUUGCAUUCCAUUUAGAUGUGUAAAUAAAAAGAUAAGGGAGUAGAAAGAAUAAGCCAAGUGGUAAUCAACCCAUGUCAAGAUGAUUAGUUCAGCCUCUUGCCUGUUAAUUCCUUACUUGAGGUUUCUGAAAGUACUUUAUUUAUUCUACUAAACUUAUGCUUCAGACUGAAAAUUUGGGUUGGCAGUUUUACUACUCAUGUAUUAAUGUUUGAAAUGAGAGAGCAAAGUACAAUAGGUUCCUAAACUUUGGAUACUUAGUGCCUUAAAAGAUGAAUGAAUCAUUAUUGAUGUAAUUUAUGUGUAUAUUUUGGGCUAUAAUAGAAGAUGAGGUAAACCAAAAAAUGUUUACUAGGAAAGUGUACCCUUCUUUUGAAGAGAAUAUUAGGGGUAGUAAAAUCAAAGCUAUUUGGAAAAAAAUCACAUACAGCAAAUGUUAGGAAGUUAGUGGAGAAAUCGGACCUCUGGCUAAGGACGAGGUUGGUCAUGAUCCUGUGGAGUCAUGGUCGGGUCCUGCCAGCAGGAAGGAGGAUGAGGAGUAAACCCAGCAACACUCACGCAGACAUAGCUGGCACAGCAGCAGUAGCCAAAGCGCUGUGUUCAGUCAGGAGACCUCGGCUCUGUAACGUCAGAUUAUGUCACGUUGGCAAGUCACUUAGCUGUCAGGUAAGAAGUUAACCGGUCAUCUUCCUUUCUCAUCAGAUUUAUCAGUACCCAACACACCCCCACAUGAGAGUGGGAGCACACACACACAUUUUUAAUAAGACAUUGGCCAAGGGAAAUGAGGAAAUCUGGAACCUCAAGAGUCUCUCUGUAACAUGCUGGGACCACAAGACAUUCACUUGGAAGCCAAUGAACUGCAAGAAAUUUGUUUUCAUAUUGACUGUGCAUUCUCUCUGUCUUGCCAUCCUAAGACUUGUUAAACUUUGCAUUUUGGUUUUUGUUCCUACUGGAGAGUGAAUAAUUUUGCUGUCUGUUUCAUGGCAGCUGAGAGGGAUGUUGAGAGGAAAAUGAUUGUAAAAUCCUCCUUUCUGAGUUUGUCAUUAAUUAAAAUGCUAUUUUAAAAAGCAA